AACCAGUUUUUGGGCGGGAAAGUUAAGCAAGCGAGCAGUCAGCCAAGAAUACGGGUUAAUCAACCAAGAAAUAGAAAAUUCAGUUUUGGUGGAUAGUAUGGGAGUGGGCGGGCAGGCUGAACUGGAACAGCGAAUUAUGACCCGACAGAGCCGAAAACAAAAAAUGUUCUUUAAGAGAAAGUUGCUA